GAGAACACGGGUGAGUGACACAGGGAGACACAUACAGGAGAGGUACAGGAGAACACGGGUGAGUGACACAGGGAGACACAUACAGGAGAGGUACAGGAGAACACGGGUGAGUGACACAGGGAGACACAUACAGGAGAGGUACAGGAGAACACGGGUGAGUGACACAGGGAGACACAUACAGGAGAGGUACAGGAGAACACGGGUGAGUGACACAGGGAGACACAUACAGGAGAGGUACAGGAGAACACGGGUGAGUGACACAGGGAGACACAUACAGGAGAGGUACAGGAGAACACGGGUGAGUGACACAGGGAGACACAUACAGGAGAGGUACAGGAGAACACGGGUGAGUGACACAGGGAGACACAUACAGGAGAGGUACAGGAGAACACGGGUGAGUGACACAUGGCGACACAUACAGGAGAGGUACAGGAGAACACGGGUGAGUGACACAGGGAGACACAUACAGGAGAGGUACAGGAGAACACGGGUGAGUGACACAGGGAGACACAUACAGGAGAGGUACAGGAGAACACGGGUGAGUGACACAGGGAGACACAUACAGGAGAGGUACAGGAGAACACGGGUGAGUGACACAGGGAAACACAUACAGGAGAGGUACAGGAGAACACGGGUGAGUGACACAGGGAGACACAUACAGGAGAGGUACAGGAGAACACGGGUGAGUGACACAGGGAGACACAUACAGGAGAGGUACAGGAGAACACGGGUGAGUGACACAGGGAGACACAUACAGGAGAGGUACAGGAGAACACGGGUGAGUGACACAGGGAGACACAUACAGGAGAGGUACAGGAGAACACGGGUGAGUGACACAGGGAGACACAUACAGGAGAGGUACAGGAGAACACGGGUGAGUGACACAGGGAGACACAUACAGGAGAGGUACAGGAGAACACGGGUGAGUGACACAGGGAGACACAUACAGGAGAGGUACAGGAGAACACGGGUGAGUGACACAGGGAGACACAUACAGGAGAGGUACAGGAGAACACGGGUGAGUGACACAUGGCGACACAUACAGGAGAGGUACAGGAGAACACGGGUGAGUGACACAGGGAGACACAUACAGGAGAGGUACAGGAGAACACGGGUGAGUGACACAGGGAGACACAUACAGGAGAGGUACAGGAGAACACGGGUGAGUGACACAGGGAGACACAUACAGGAGAGGUACAGGAGAACACGGGUGAGUGACACAGGGAGACACAUACAGGAGAGGUACAGGAGAACACGAGUGAGUGACACGGAGACACAUACAGGAGAGGUACAGGAGAACACGGGUGAGUGACACAUGGCGACACAUACAGGAGAGGUACAGGAGAACACGGGUGAGUGACACAGGGAGACACAUACAGGAGAGGUACAGGAGAACACGGGUGAGUGACACAGGGAAACACAUACAGGAGAGGUACAGGAGAACACGGGUGAGUGACACAGGGAGACACAUACAGGAGAGGUACAGGAGAACACGGGUGAGUGACACAGGGAAACACAUACAGGAGAGGUACAGGAGAACACGGGUGAGUGACACAGGGAAACACAUACAGGAGAACACGAAAAUACUCAAAGACAGCGAUACAGAAACAUGAUCACAGAUGAACUAAAAAAAAUCAUAAAUGCUUAUAUAUUGUAAUAGUUUACAUAGAAGAACACGACAUGAUGUUCUCCAGAUGUAGAUGAACAGAAGCUGGGUGGCUCUCUCGGAGGCACUAAUAGCACUA